AUGUUUCACUAUGAGAAGAAAGGUGGUAGCCCGAAGUUUGAUUCUCGGCUUAUGGAGUUUCAGAUGGUGAUCGAUCGGUGCAAACUGGUGGACCUUGGGUUUACGGGUGUCCCUUUCACAUGGAUGAAUAACCAAAGUGGAGACGACCACAUUCUGGAGCGUUUGGAUCGUUCUUUGGUAACGAAGAAUGGAUCAUUGUUCACCCGGGUUACGAAGUUUCACAUCUUUCUCGGAAGUCAAGUGAUCACUGUCCGGUUCGAGGAAGAUUACCAACACCGAAAGAGGCCUUUCUGUUUUGAGGCUAUGUGGCUCAAGGACAGGAGAUGUGUGGAGGGUUUUGACAAGUUAUGGGCUUCAGGUGUCGCUGCCAGUAGCGUGGAUGAUGUGAAAUGCAAGUUAGAUGCCAUGGGUCCUGAGCUUAAGUUGUGGGAAAAGACGGAGUUUGGCCAUGUUCGCAAGCAAGGGGCCGAGCUCAGGGAGGAGUUAGCUCGUCUUCAACAUCCGAGUCAUGAUGCUGAUUCUAAAGAAGAGCAAAGGGCGAUUGAAAAUGAGCUCGAUAAACUUCUUAAGAAGGAGGAAAUCAUGUGGAAGCAGCGCUCUCGGGCGGAUUGGCUCAAUGAAGGUGAUUGUAACAGUGGGUUCUUCCACAAAGUGGCUGAGGGUCGUAAGAAAAGGAAUUACAUCCGUGAAAUCCACAAACUGGAUGGUACUUCAACUCGCAAGCUUGAAGAGAUGGAUGUACCCAGGAUCCAUCUUCGGUUUUCCAUGCUAGCAAUUGACCCUGUGGUCACCGAUGACAUGAACAGGAUGUUAAAGGCCCCUUAUACUCGGAUGGAGAUUGCGCAAGCUCUUAAGCAAAUGCAUCCGAUCAAAACACCGGGACCAGAUGCUCUUUCAAGUCUUCUUAGACAUGCGGAAACACAAAAUUUGCUACAUGGAGCUCGUCUUUGUCGCACUGCCCCUCAUGUUAGCCAUCUUCUUUAUGCGGAUGACUGUAUUAUCUUUGGCAGAGCAGAUGUAAAUGAUAUUGGUGUGGUUAGGGAGAUUCUUAGCCUUUAUGAAGGAGUGUCGGGGCAGCAAGUGAAUCUUGAUAAAUCGGUGGUUUCCUUUAGCUGCGGGCUGUCUCUGGACACUUCUCAGGAGUUGGCGAAUUUACUUGGUGUGGUUUAUGGGGCGAGGCAGGGUGCUUAUCUUGGUAUACCAAGUAUUGUGGGCCGCUCAAAAACUGAGAUCUUCCAAAUGCUGGUGGAUCGCACUAGGAAAAAGACUAAAGAUUGGAAGCGCCGCUUUCUUUCAGGCGCUGGAAAAGCGGGUAAAAAACAAGAAGAAAGACGUAUUCAUUGGAGAAGCUGGAAAAAAUUGUGUGUUGCUAAAGAUUCCGGUGGUCUUGGGUUCAGAGAUCUUCAUCUCUUUAACCAAGCGUUGUUGGCUAAGCAGGUCGUGAUCUUCUUACGGAAGGUAUUGCUUGGAGAUUCGGCGAUGGAGCUAGGAUCAAAAUCAGUUGGGAUUGACCCCUUUUGCAGACGUUGUGGUGUGGCGGUGGAGACUUCUGAGCAUGCCCUCCGCGACUGUUCAUGGACUCGGUUUUUUGGGAGGCUUUUCCGCUUCGUCUUCCAUCGAUUCCACGGGCCCGGUGUGGUUCUCUAG